AAUCUCACCUUAUUCCAAUUCGAGCCAUUGCAGCGUAGGUGUGCUGUUGUCCUAUUGUAAAAUGUAAUGAUUGAAUUGUUUUCAGGGAUACGCUUGUAAAACAUAGCAGGAUGACUCUCAGACGUCCGUCAGUGUAAAGCAAACAGCGCAAUUAGCUCGGGCGCAGCCUGUUGGUUAUUUGAAUCGAGCGCAGCCGCAGACAUGAAGAUCACGGACAGCGUGUUACGGAGCUUCAGAGUUGCCAGGACGUACAGAGAAAACUCUCAGAAAAUCAACUGUGUGGACUACAGUCCAAACGGGGAGAAUGCGAUAUCAAGCAGCGACGACGACUGCAUUGUGUUAUAUGACAUACGGGAGGGGAGACCCAAACGGACGUUGUUCAGCAAGAAGUAUGGGGCAGACAUCAUCCGCUACACACACGGAGACACGCAGACUGUGAUCUACAGCUCCAACAAACUGGACGACACCAUUCGGUACCUGUCACUCGCUGACAACAAGUACAUCAGGUAUUUCCCAGGUCACACUGCACGAGUUAUUGCUCUCUCCAUGUCCCCGGUGGGUGAUAUGUUUAUCUCAGGCUCGUUGGAUAAGACUAUCCGGAUCUGGGAUCUGCGUUCUCCAGACUGUCAGGGUUUGACCAAUCCGCUGGGGAAGCCUGUGUGUUCCUUUGACCCUGACGGGCUGAUAUUUGCUGCAGGGGUGGAAUCGCAGGCCAUCAAAUUAUACGACCUCCGUGCUUUUGACAAGGGUCCAUUCGCCUCCUUUGAGACGAGGUUUAACCGGGCCUGUGACUGGACCGGACUCAAGUUCAGUAACGAUGGGAAACAGAUUCUCAUCUCUACAAAUGGAGGGAUGAUCCGUGUCCUCAAUGCGUUCAGUGGAUCUGUGCUGCACACGUUUUCUGGCUACAACAACAGCCGAGGGGUCACCCUGGAGGCCUGCUUCACUCCUGACUCCCAGUUCGUCAUGAUCGGCUCGGAGGACGGGAGGGUGCACGUGUGGAGCACCGAGAGCGGGAUGAAGGUGGCCGUGCUGGACGGGAAGCACACCGGACCCAUCAACACGCUGCAGUUCAAUCCCAGAUACAUGACGUUUGCCAGCGCCUGCACUAACAUGCUGGUGCUGGACUCGUGCAGAGAACCUGCACAGAGCUGGGACAAGGACUACGAUCACUUCCUGCUUCCUCUGCUCGUGCCUCAGGAGCCCUGCUACGUCCUCUACCGCCUCGACUCCCAGAAUGCACAGGGAUACGAGUGGCUCUUCAUCGCCUGGUCGCCCGACCAGUCGCCAGUGAGGCAGAAGAUGAUGUACGCAGCAACACGGGCCACUCUGAAGAAAGAGUUCGGAGGAGGUCACAUCAGGGAUGAAAUGUUUGGCACGGUGGAGGAGGACGUGUGCUUCCAGGGUUACCUCCGACACAUGUCCUCUCACUCGUCCCCGGCUCCACUCACAGCAGCCGAGCAGGAAUUACAACGAAUCAAAGUCACAGAGGAAAAAGUUGUAUGGGAUGAACGCAGGCGAAUCGGGACUCCAACCGCGCGAGCCAAGGUUACAAUGGAGUUCGGCCUAGACAAGCGGGCGCAGGCCUUGCAGGGCCUCGCGUUCCCUUUACAGGAAGAGGCCAAACGAGCCCUGCAGCAACUCAAGCAGAAACGCAUCAACUACAUACAGCUGAGGCUGGAUGUUGAGAAAGAGACCAUUGAGCUGGUUCACACCAAACCCACAGAGACCCGCGAGCUUCCCUACAGGAUUCCCACAGACUCACCCAGAUACCACUUCUUCGUCUUCAAACAUUCCCAUCAGGGCCAGAUGCAUGAGGCGCUGGUGUUCAUAUACUCAAUGCCUGGAUACACCUGCAGCAUCAAGGAAAGGAUGCUGUACUCCAGCUGUAAGAACAGGUUACUGGAUGAGGUGGAGAGAGACUACCAGCUGGAGGUCACCAAAAAGAUGGAGAUAGACAGCGGCGAUGGCCUGACAGAAGACUUCCUGUACGAGGAGGUCCACCCGAUGGAGCACACCUUAAAGCAGGCCUUCGCCAAGCCCCGUGGACCGGGGGGCAAAAGGGGCAACAAGCGACUGAUUAAGGGUGGCGGGGAGAACGGAGAGGAAAGUUAGACACCACACACACGUAUAUAAAAGUACAGAGGCAAAGUGAGCCAACAUCUAUGAUGUAACUGUUUUACUCUUUAGCUUCUAGCUAUUUCUUCCUUUAACAUGGGGAUUAUGUGACUGUAAAGGGAACCGGUUGUUGUAAAUUAAUAAUAUUUAUUGGUAAUGAAACCCUCCCACAUUUUUAAAACUUGCUGGUUAACACCCUAUAUUUGAAUUUGCCUAACUGGUGCAUGUACUAAAAUAGUGAAGUGUGAUCUUAUGAGUGCUGUUUUUGGACGGGAAGAGUGAUUUAGUGAAGUCUGGCAACCAGUAGACACCUCAGGUAAAAAACUGUCUAUUAAUAGGGGUCAUAUUAACACGUUACAUACUGUAUGUUUAGGAGGACGGGAGCCCAUGUUAAACACAGGUGAGGACCCAAAGCUUGAGGUUGAGGUUUGACAUCGAGCAGAAGGCUUCUAACUAAAUUAAAUUUGCCAAUCACUACAGCUGAGGGCACGAGUUCCCGUCUGAGCUGCCUUCUGUCUGAGCUUCCGUCUGGGAAAUGACUUUCUUACAUUUUUGACCACUAAAAAUCGAAUCAGGAUCACUGGGAGUUGUCUCUUUUAGGGUGCAUUGUCCUUUAUAAUUGCCAGUAAUCGGCCCACACUGUGCCCAUUGUUCCCUCUUUACCACGUGUAAAUUCAUUCGCACCACUUUUACAGUUGUCUUCUUCAGGCACACGUUCAGUGUCUGACGAAGGCUUGUUGUUUUACACAGUCCCACAAUAAAAUAUUUUCUGUA